AUGGCAUCUGUUGCUUUCGAGCACCCUGGCAGUUCACGCUUUCAACCACAAACCCCACAAACUACAUUAGCUGAAGAAAAUGAGACACAUAAAGUAGUAAAGGCAGAUGAGCCAGAUUUGGGGGUUUCCCAGGAAGAGCAAACCUCAGAAAAUCAGUUAACGUGUCAGGAAAAUGUCACUGGCGCCAAAACAUUGGACAAGGGAUACCUUGAGUAUGGAUGUGCCCAUUAUCGUCGGAGGUGCCACAUAAGGGCUCCUUGUUGCAGUGAGGUAUUCAGUUGCCGUCACUGCCAUAACGAGGCAAAGAAUAAUAUUCACAUUGAUCAAAAGCUCAGACAUGAUGUUCCCAGGCACUUGGUUGAGAAGGUCAUAUGCUCACUUUGUGACACUGAACAGGAGGUUCAACAAUUCUGCAAAAGUUGUGGUGUAUGCAUGGGAAGGUACUUCUGCGGAAUUUGCAAGCUGUUCGAUGAUGAUACAUCUAAACAGCAGUACCACUGUGAUGGCUGCGGCAUUUGCAGGAUUGGGGGCUCUGAUAACUUCUUUCACUGUUAUAAAUGUGGUUGCUGUUAUUCUGCGCUUUUGAAAAGCACACACCCAUGCGUGGAGAGGGCAAUGCACCAAGACUGUCCUGUUUGUUUCGAGUAUCUAUUCGAGUCGAGAAAUGAUGUCAUUGCUUUGCCGUGCGGCCACACUAUCCACAGGGUGUGCUUGGUGGAAAUGCAAGAACACUAUCAAUACGCUUGCCCUAUCUGCUCCAAGUCGGUGUGCGAUAUGUCCAAAGUGUGGGAAAAGUUUGACCAGGAGAUAGCGGCAACGCCAAUGCCUCCCGAUUGCGAAAACAAGAUGGUUUCGAUUCUUUGUAACGAUUGUGGAUGCAACUCGGAAGUGAAGUAUCAUGUGAUGGGACACAAGUGCCUCAACUGCAAAUCUUACAACACGCGCCAAACGUGA